AUGUCGUACGGCGGCAACGGAUACGGUGGUUCUCGUAGCGGCGGUGGUGGUGGUGGCUAUGGCGGCGGAGGCUCUUCCGGCGGAGGCGGGUACUCCAACGGUUCCGGUGGUUAUGGCGGUGGCGGCGCUGCUGGCGGAUAUGGCAACUCCUUCGGAGGAGGCGGUGGUGACAGGAUGAGCAACCUUGGCGCCAACCUGAAGCACCAAGAAUGGGACCUGAACACGCUCCCCAAGUUCGAGAAAUCAUUCUACAAGGAACAUCCCGAUGUUGCUAUUCGCUCGUCAUCCGAGAUUGAGGAGUACCGAAAGGAGCACAAAAUGACCAUCACCGGUCAAGAUAUCCCUAAGCCGGUGACCACUUUCGAUGAAGCUGGAUUCCCGAAUUACGUGAUGAGCGAGGUCAAGGCACAAGGUUUCGAGAAGCCGACUGCUAUUCAGGCUCAGGGCUGGCCCAUGGCUCUGUCCGGUCGUGAUGUCGUCGGCAUUGCCGAGACCGGUUCCGGAAAGACGUUGACCUACUGUCUUCCUGCCAUCGUCCACAUCAAUGCGCAGCCUCUCCUUGCGCCUGGCGACGGACCCAUUGUCCUGAUCCUCUCACCGACACGUGAGUUGGCCGUUCAGAUCCAGACCGAGAUUAGCAAGUUUGGAAAAUCGUCCCGUAUCCGCAAUACCUGCGUCUACGGUGGUGUUCCCAAGGGUCAACAAAUCCGUGAUCUUUCCCGCGGUGUGGAAGUUGUCAUUGCCACCCCCGGUCGUUUGAUCGAUAUGCUGGAAUCUGGCAAGACCAAUCUUCGCCGUGUCACCUACCUGGUUCUCGAUGAAGCCGAUCGCAUGCUUGACAUGGGAUUUGAGCCGCAGAUUCGAAAGAUCAUUGGCCAGAUCCGCCCGGACCGCCAAACCUGCAUGUGGUCCGCCACAUGGCCUAAGGAGGUCCGACAGCUUGCCUCCGACUACCAGGCUGAUUUCAUUCAGGUCAACAUUGGAUCUCUCGACUUGUCUGCCAAUGACCGCAUCACCCAGAUUGUCGAAGUCGUCUCCGACUUUGAGAAGAGGGAUCGCAUGUCGAAGCAUAUGGAGAAGAUCAUGGAAGACCAAAAUAACAAGAUUCUCAUCUUCACAGGUACCAAGCGCGUCGCUGACGAUAUUACUCGAUUCCUUCGCCAGGAUGGAUGGCCGGCGCUGUCAAUUCAUGGCGACAAACAGCAGAACGAACGUGAUUGGGUCUUGAAUGAAUUCAGAACCGGAAAGUCCCCAAUCAUGGUGGCUACCGAUGUAGCUUCUCGUGGUAUUGAUGUUCGCAAUAUUACUCACGUGCUGAACUAUGAUUACCCUAACAAUUCGGAGGACUAUGUUCACCGAAUUGGUAGGACGGGCCGUGCUGGUGCUAAGGGUACUGCCAUUACCUUCUUCACCACUGAGAAUGCAAAGCAAGCCCGAGACUUGGUGUCUGUUCUUACGAAGAGCAAGCAAGAGGUUGAUCCCCGUCUCGCCGAGAUGGCUAGAUACGGUGGCGGCGGUGGUGGCCGUGGCUACGGCGGCUAUGGAGGCCGAGGCGGCGGGCGCGGCGGCCGAUAUUCGUCUGGUUCCAACCAGGCCCCUCUUCACAACAGGCGUUGGUGA